CUGAGGGAAAUGGAGAUGGAGCGCAGAAAAAGAGAAGAUCUGGAAGAGCUUCAGAGGCGGAGAAGAGAAAAUGAGGAAAGAGAAAGAGAAGCUGAAAGACUGGAAAUGCAGAAAGAAAGAGCUGAGGAGGAGAGGAAGAUGCAAGAGGCCGAACAGAGAGCUGAGGAGGAGAAAAGGGCCAAUGAGCAAAUGGCCCUGGAGAUGCAACAUCUGUUUAAAGAGAGGCUUCAGUGCAACCAGGUGAUGGCGGUACAGAAGUACCUCGUCACAAGGCCCAGAUAUACCAUCGGUGAUCUGAGGGCAGAGCAGCAGAGGAGGCGCGAAGAGGCCGAGCUUAAAGCCAACUUUAAGUGCCUGGCGUCUUCGGGGAAGAGUCAUGAGCAGAGUAGAAGAGAAACUCUGAUCAACAACUGGGUUGGACAGGAAAAAACCGACUGUGAGACUCUCCAGGAGGACUUCCGCCCAACCGACUCCACCCGCUGCCCCACUGCUGAAAACGCAAGCCUGAAGUCUAAAAAAGCAACAUCGAAAUCCUCCAAGCUCCUGACGUGGCUGCAGAAGAGCCUGAAGUCUGGCCUCAGCUCUGACAAGAAGCAGGAUCGGAUGGAGAGGAUGAGGGAGGCCUCCAGGCUCAGAGAGCGCUACAGAGAGCAGUUGGCCUCCAAGGACAGAUGCUGUAGCCGUUUGUCGGAGCAGAUCGACGGUUACUGCAUGUCCAGAAACCGCAUCCUCAAAAAAUCCAUCUUCUGAAUGGAUUGG